UUCUCUCACACGUGUUUCCCGUGGAGCAGACGGACGCACGCGGAAUGGUAAGAUGGCGGCGGACGGAGGCCGAGCUGCGCUGCCCUGCGCAUUCAGCCCUAAAUCACAGCAGUUUCUGGCACUCUGCGCACAGGACGGGAGACUGCGGAUCUGGAAUACUGACAGCAAAACUUUACAACAGGAAUAUGUGCCUUCCGCGCACCUAAGCGCAGCCUGUACCUGUGUGACAUGGGGACCGUGCCGAGCAGUUCAGGAUGUUCCACAGAGGAAGAAGAGGAAAUGUGAGGCCGGGACGGCAGUUGAGCAGUCAGAUCUGUUGGCGCUGGGUACUGCAGCUGGGUCGGUCCUCAUCUACAGCACAGUGAAGGGAGACCUGCAUUGCACUCUGGAUGGAGGACACAGUGGUCCGGUGAACAGCAUCCAGUGGCAUCCAGACGACUCUGUGUUAUACAGCGGCUCAGAUGACACACACAUAGCUGAAUGGGACCUGCAGAAAGGAAAAGUUAGUUGCAAAUGGAAGGCAGACAGAUCAGCUGUCAGCAGCCUGUGUAUAAGUCCAGAUGGAAAGCUACUGCUUUCGGCAGGAAUGACCAUCAAGAUGUGGAACCUGGAGACCAAGGAAAUGUACAGGAAAUUCACAGGUCACUCUACCAUGGUAACGACUCUCUGCUUCGCCACAACACGACCCCCAGACAGUAAUGGGAUGUACUUUCUGUCAGGAGCUGCUCACGACAGGCUCCUGAGUGUCUGGCAGGUGAGGUCCGAUGGCAAAGACAAGAACUCUGUGGUGUCAUUUACUCUGACAGAUGAACCCCAACACAUAGACCUUCAGACGUCCAACCGCAAAGAUGAGGCUAUGAGGUUAGCAGUGGUGUGUAAAGAUGGUCAGCUUCAUCUUUUUGAGCACUUCCUGAAUGGGGUAUGCAAGAAGCCGCUGUCGCCAGUGUGUUCCCUGCAGGUGUCCACUAUGAAGGGAGACUCGCCUGUGCCUGUGCCUCUUCUCGCUGCAGCUCUGUGUGCGGACAGGCAGAACCUGGUGCUGGUGUACGGAAAUCACCUGCAGCCUGUCAUUGAGACAACUCCAUUUAACACAUCAGAGAGACAUGCGUGCUUAGUCCGAGAUUUACAUGCCACACUUUCUCUCUCUGUAGAGACAGCUGUCUCCAAGGUGAAGACGCCAAUUGUUAAUCAAAAGAGCAAAGUUUUAAUACCAGGACUUCCAGGACACAAGGCACCAAUCAAAUUACCUCCCAAUGAAGCAGAGAAAAGGAAAAAAGGGGCCUCUACCACAGAGAUGUCUAUCGAGGAGCGGUUGGAACAGAUUGAGUUGAGUGCCAGUGGGAAGGGUGCUGCUAAAGGCUCAUCUUCCCUGCAGACGGACAGUUUUGCUGUUCUGCUUGUUCAAGGCCUAGAGAGCAAAGACGAGAGGAUCCUUAAUAAAAUAUUUCAAACCAAAAAAGAUGCAUUGAUAAAGAACACUGUUUCCCGGUUACCACCUCCAGCUAUCCUGCCUUUGCUGGAAGAGCUGUCCAGAAGACUGCAGGGGCAUCCGUACGCGGCUCUGCUUAUAGUUCAGUGGUUUAAGGCUGUACUUACACAACACGCAUCAUACUUGUCUUCGGUGCCGGAUCUAGUGUCACAGUUGGGCUCGAUCUACCAUAUGAUUGAGAGCAGGGUGAAAUUAUACCAGCAGUUCAACAGGCUUCAUGGCAAAUUGUACCUGCUUAUAACACAGGUGGCGACAAGAAACAGCACUCAGCGUGUUGAUGACGUUGAUCGCACAGCAAAGCUGGUUUAUGAAGAAGAGUCUUCAGAUGAGGAUGAAGGUUCAGGAGAUGAAGGGCGUCCUGAGGAUGACUCUGACAACUGGGAGGAGGAUGAGGCAUCAAUGGAAGUGACAGAAGAAAAAGAGAACCACAAAGAGGAGGAAGAUGAUGAAGAGGAAGAUAUGAACGAUGAAUCAAAAGCAAAUGGUGACCCUGAAAAUGAAAGCGAGGAGGAAUAGUACCCAAUCAGGCCGCUGGAUUUAAAAAAAGGACCCUUACAUUUAUAUAUGAUUUCAUUUUAUUUUUCAUUUUGUUGAAUUUUAUUGUAACAAAACAAAAGCUUAUGUUUUAUAGAAUUUCAAUAGCCAAUGCAGCCUGGACUUGUGGUUGUCUUUCUCAGAACGAUCUGAGUGACCGACAGCACCUCGUGCGGAGAGCGCACAUGCGUUUGAGGUCCAUUCGGGUCACUUUUCCUUUGACCUGUAACUGCCUCUGUUUUGUAAAAAAGCUAUUAUGGGAUUCUGUGCGUUUCACAAAUCAAAUCCCCCUCCAUCCCCCUGCUCGAUUACAUCCUUAAUCGGGCGUCCGAUGUCCCUGUGGUCCGAGUGUAUGAGCUUAUCAUGAUUAUGCCCAUCAACACUGUCCUCUGCUGACAUCAUUAAUUUAUCUGUUGUCAUUACUCUCUCACAGUCAUUUCUCAUGUUUGAUUUCUGUGUCCUGUGUGUGAUUUCAGAUGAGGGGUUUUUUUUUUACGCCCUCUGCAGUCAUGACCGCGUUCUCGGUUCUUGAGAACAAAAAAUGUGAACCUCUCCCAGUACAACAUAAAUAUUAAAAACACAAUUCCCAGAGACGUGUAUGUUAAUUAUACAGUGGUUGCGAUGCGCGUCAACCAAAACCUUUCAUGCAGACAAUAUAUCGGCGACUGUUGUACAGUUUAAAUGAAAUAAAUACUGUUUUGUUCUCAUCUCUUA